UCAUUUCUACAUUUAUAUAUUUCACAGAACUGAAUAUUUAAUUACUAUUAGAAUUAUCAUUUUAAUUUUUAAAUGAGUUUUAAAAGUACAAUUAGGAAAGUAUUUUUUGUUCUAACAUCUCAUUCUAUGUUUCAGGAGGUACCUCUGAAGGUUCCAGACCUUCCACCAAGAUGCAGAACCCAGACAGAAACACCACCUACACAGACUUCAUCUUAGUUAGUUUCUCUGGACCUCAGGAGUGGCGACAACUGCUCUUCAUCCCUUUUCUACUCAUAUUCUUAAUUGCGGUUUCUGCAAACUUAUUUCUGAUCUUUAUAAUUCUGUCACAGAGGUCCCUGCACUCCCCCAUGUACCUCCUAAUAUGUGCAAUGGCCUUUGUAGAUCUCUCUAUACCAAUUUUCUUUGUUCCAAAACUGCUAAUCAGUUUACUGUACAAUCUGAGACACAUCUCUCUGCUGGGUUGUCUAGCACAGAUGUUCUUUAUUCAUUUUUUUGGUGGCUUCCAGUCAACAGUUUUGCUGUGGAUGGCUGUGGAUCGUUACUAUGCAAUCUGUACUCCUCUGCACUACAAUGACUACAUGGCUUUCUCUGCAUUCCUUAAGUUCAUAAUACUUCCUUUGCUGAGAAAUGCUAUUCUCAAUCUAUCCAUAGUCAGUCUGGCUGGGUCUCUGUCCUUCUGCCAGCAUGAGAUCGACCACUGUUUCUGUGAGCACAUGGCGUUGGUCACGCUGGCCUGUGGGACCAUACGCAUGAAUAACAUUGUAGGACUGAUGACUAUUUUUUGUGUACCAACAGUUGAUUUUCUGUUAAUCGUUGCAUCUUAUGUUAGAAUAUUUUUCUCAGUGUUUAAGUCGGGGAAGUCCAGCCGAAAGGCUCUCAGCACCUGCGUAACUCAUAUUAUUGUCAUAACCGUUAGUUUAAUUUUGGCCUUAUUUGCUUUUCUUUCCUACAGGAUAAAUUAUAACAUGUCAUCUAACAGCCACACUGUGAUCAGUAUGAUGUAUGUACUUUUCCCCAGUUGCUUCAACCCAAUAAUUUACGGAGUCAGAACAAAGGAAAUUAGACAACAAAUAAUGAAAACUCUGAACUGCGGAAAAGUCGCCCCAUGACACUGAACGAAGAGCUUCAGCGGAAAGACGCUAUGAAAAUGACCAAGGUUACCCUCGUAUGUUAACUGUUGUGUUGAAAAUGUGAAAAUGAAAAAGUAUUAAGUGUAGAAAUAUAAACUGGAAAUAUUAACUUUUUUGAUUUAUUAGUAUGAUU